AUGGCACUGAAGCUCUUGCUACAACACGAACGUGAGUUGAAACCCAAGUCCAGUGCGACUUUGGCUACAAUCUCAUGUAUACCCAAGAAUCCUUCUGACUCGUUAAGCAGCUGGAGUCUCAUGAAUGGCUACAGUGCUCAACGAAAACCAUUAAAUGACUUACCAGAACAAACGCCAUUGCUGAAGCCUUUUGCAAGUGUUUAUUGUGAUGAAGAAGAUUCAAAUCUACAAGAAGAAAUUAGUAACGAGCACAACUAUUGGAUGCAAGAGCUGGAAAGACGACGUGCUGGUGUGAAAAGAAGUAGACGACGCACUUGCACAACCACGUCAGAACGAGCCACGACGUCGCCCUUCAAGGUGGGCCUUGUAAUGUGUUCUGUACCAUUGGUGCUGGUGCUAGGCUUCAUUUUCUUCGUGGUGCUGUUUGGAGAUGGACCUGACAUGCCAAGCAAUGUGAAGAGCAUUGUGAAUAAUGUGCUGGGCUUUGGAAGUGGUGAAAGAGACGCUUAUUCCAUUGCAGCAAGACAUGAUGUCACUGGGGGAAAGAAAGAUAAGAUCGCGACAGCUUUUGUUUUUCCAUUUGAAAAAAAAUCUCAACUGGAAAAGGAGAGUCCCGUACUGAAGCUCUCCCUGUCGACGGGUCAAACAAAGCUACGUGGCUCACAGACGGAGAAUGCAGGCGAAUGA